UUGUUUAAAAAAAAAACUGAUUUAAUUUUACGAACGGUUAUUGCUUUUGCCUUUGAAAAGUUUAUUGUAAUUUCUAUUAAUCUCAACUAUAACAUGAACAUUUCAGGCUUCUCAUCAAAGGGCCUGAUGGAAAAACAUUCAAAACGUAGCGAUCGAGUGAAAACUUUUGUUUUACCAAACAAAUGUUUCGAAAAGCACGUCGCAUGUGCAUGGAGGCGUGGAAAUACUUUCACAAUUUAUCCACGAAGUCAAACUGUUAGUAAAAACCAAGGCAAUAUAAGUGAUAACAAAAUCUUGAAAGUGAGACAAGAAAUUCUUCUUUUCAUUCCCAUACUAAGAAAGCUUAUAAGUGAUUCAAACGGUGUAUUUCUUACAUUGCAAAAAGUUGCGGAGAACACAAAUUCGGACAAUCAGGUGGAAUUUUGGAAAAUUUCCCGCCAAUAUAGAUCGAUCGUACGGUCAGUCAUCGAGAAUCUGCAAGAAGCCGCAGAGGAAGAGUCUGACGCUUUAGAAAAGAACAGUUUAAAUUCCUACGCAACGAUUUUUUACUCAAUAGAAUGUAUAUGGCAUCUCUGCGAGAUAUUGUUUAUAAAAAACAUUCCUGGUGAUGUGGUCUUGCCAUUUUUGUUAGAAUGGGUUUGUUGUCACUUCCCAAGCCACGAUCAGACCGCGGCACAGUUGCUGGAGGCUAGGGAGCGAGGUUCAGAAGACCAUCCAGAAUAUUGGGAUACUGUUGUUAGUUUGAUUAUUCAAGGAAGAAUUGAUGAUGCCAGAGAUCUUCUACGACUGCAUUCUGCUUCUGAGUCAGCUGAAUUCAAGCUUGUUGCUAAUUCUCUGCGCACUAUGCCUGUCUAUAAUAUUUAUGGUGGCAUAUCAAGUGGGGAGUUUACAAUAGUGUGGAAGCACUGGCAGGCGGAGUGCAGGGCCAUUCUGAACAGUCAGUCUUUGAGCUCACAGCCUCAUUUACAACUUAUUAUGAGAAUACUGAUUGGGGAGUACACAGCGUUUGAAUCUAUCUGCUCGAAAUAUCCAUCGUGGUUCUACCUGCUGGGCGGGUAUGUGCUGUUCACUCGGCCGUGGGCCCGCAAGCGCGAGCUGGCGGACGCGGCGGCGGCCUGCGCGGGGCUCGGCGCUGCGCACGCGCACUCCCACCUCGACACCGUCAUACGCGCUCUGCUCGAAGGUGACCUGCAUCAGGUGAUCAGUGAAAUACAACAAAUGUCAGAUAACGGCUGGUUUGCAACACAUUUGACCGAUAUGCUGUACCACUGCGGCAAGCUGCAAGUGUUGGAUGAACACCAGACUGAUAUGCGCAAGCGCGUGCGCGACAGCCUGGUGCUGGAGUACGGGUCGCUGGUGCUGGGGGGCGGCGCGUGCGGCGCGCGCGGCGCGUGGGGCGCGGGGCUGUCGUACCUGGCGGCCAGCGCGCCCGAGGGCCCGCGCCGCGCCGCGCUGCUGCUGGAGCGCCUGCCGCUGCACACCGACGAGAAGGCGAUGCGCGUCAUCGCUGAAGCCAAGAAGUACGACCUCCUCGAUGUCGUGCAGACGGUGUGCGCGUGCAUGAGCGCGCGCGCGCGGCGGGCGGGGCGCGUGGGCGCGGCGCUGGCGUGGGCGGGGCGCGGGCGCGGCGCGGCGCAGUGCGCGGGCGCGGCGCACGCGGCGCUGCGGGCCUACUGCGGGGGCGCGCCGCUGCCCGCCGCAGACAUGCUGCUCAGCGCCGGCCCCACGCUGCUCAUGGACGACACCUUGCUGCUGCUAGGCAAAUACAGCGAUUUCCACAGAUUGUAUAAUAACAAAGAAUUCAAAAAGGCAGCGAAACUGUUAAUUUCUUUAAUCACAUCCAAAAUUGCACCGGAAUACUUCUGGGAGACGUUAUUGCUGGACACUUUGCCGCUGCUGGAGUCAGAGGAACCAGUGUUCUCCUCCACAGAGACUUACGAGAUCUUACUCUGCCUGGAGCUGAGGACGAAGCUGCUGACGGGGGAGAAGGCGGACCUGUUGCGCCUGGCCUGCGUCAGGAACUUGGCCAGGACUGUCCUGAUGGACGGUGCUGAAGAAUGAAAGUAUAGGAAGUGUUCAUACUAAGUGAUAAUUGUGAUAAAGUGCAUUGAAGUUGGAGUCAGUGAUGUAACCAAUAAGUACAUCAAACAAUCCAUACUUGAAUUUUAUCUUCACAAAAGGAAGUUUUUAGAGCUUACAGGCCUGUCCCACAUAAUUGUAAAUAGUCUGAUAACAAUCUAACAUGUAAAACAUGUGAUGGAAAUAUCGGAUUUUGUUCCCUUAUCUGACGUGAUUUUUAAGCUAUCUGAGCCUCUAUCAGCCAGUUGUGGGACAGGCCCUAAUAAUAAUGUGUGGUACUGGGCGUCUCCAGGUAAGGGGGUAGUGUAACCAGUUACCCCCACUAUCUACUAAAAUUGCGAAAAAAUUCAAGAUAUUAAGGUUCCUACAAUCUCUAGAUUUGGCGAUAACUCAAAAUAACUUGUGAUUUUGUAAUUAAAGCAUUCUCUUGUGAAUUAAAAAGUUAUUUUACUACUAGCCUAUCCUUGACCGUCGACCUGCCCCUCCACAGCUGGCGACGCCCAUAGUUGUAUAACAUGUACCAGUGUGUAAAUUAUGUCUUAGUUCACUGUCAUUUUGAUCAAUUUUGACUAAUGAUGUAUCAGUUACAAUUGUUAUUAAUGAUUGUGUAAACAUUUUGAAUUGUCAUUAACUUUGUGUAUAACUACUUGUAUAUUUAAAAAAAAUAAAAUAUUUUGUAACAACUUCGAAAAAUUAGCAUAAAUGCGUUAUUAAAAUGAUCUA